AUGUUAGAUAAGUUCAGGUGUGAGUAUAUCGUCCAUUUCUAUGGGGCUGUGUUCAUCACAACAAAAGUGUGUAUGGUCACCGAAUAUGCGCCAUUUGGGUCUUUGCAGGAUCCAAUGAAACAAAAGAAGAGUGAAGAAGUUGUUAUAAAAAUCCGCAUCAAAAUGAUGUUAGAUGCGGCAAAAGGUAUUUGUUAUUUACAUAAAAAUGGGAUAUUACACGGAGACAUCAAGCCAGACAACAUCUUAGUCUUUUCAUUAGAUCUGAGUUGUACUGAUGUUAUCAAUGCAAAAUUGACUGACUUUGGGAGUGCAAGAAACGUCAAUUUAAUAAUGACUAACAUGACUUUUACAAAAGGUAUUGGUACACCCAUUUACAUGGCGCCUGAAAUUUUACAACAAGAAAACUACAGAGAAUGUGCGGAUAUAUACUCUUUUGCAAUAACAAUGUUUGAGGUAUUCGGAUGGUGCGAGGCUUACCCCAAAGAGAUGUUCAAAUUUCCUUGGAACAUAGCAGAAAUGGUUACUUCUGGGAAAAGGCUUGAGAAAAAAGAAAACAUGUCAGAUGAUCAAUACAAUUUAAUUCAACAAUGUUGGAAACAAGAUUCCUUACAAAGAGCGAACAUAGAAAAUGUGGUAGAGCAAUUACAAGAAAUGCUUAAUUAA